AUGUCGUUUUUAUUCAGACCAACUACUCUCACUCUGAUUCCGCGGACCCACAGCUCGGCAUUAACAGCAACAACAUCAGCGUCGCUGCACACGGGCCGAUCCACCCCGACUAUCCUGGGCGCACUGCCCACGGCCGACUCGCGCGUCGGCACCGUGGCGCUGCACCGGGUGCAUCUUGUAGUCUGCAACUCGUCGUCUGCGGAAUGGCCCUCCAGGGUGGAGACCAUGAGCGAGCCAAUAACGACCCUUGCCCGAGGCUGCGGCAGGCUGCCCGGACGCGCAAUGGUAACCCUGUCUGACUUCGCCCCGGUCCGUCCACCCUCCCCUUGCUCGUGCUCGUGCAACCCAACCCCCCCUACGGCCACCAAGGUGGUGGAUAAUAAGGGCAAGUAUGAUCGCAUUGAUGUGGCCGUGUUCCCACUGGGCAUAGUUGCCAAGCAGCUAGACACCAAGGGUGCGGAGAUGCUUCUGGAGUGGCUAUCCCGCGACACUAUACUGCCUACUUCGUGGUCGACCGACAAGGGGAGUGUGCCGUUUGACCAUGCGUGGUUGGAAUUGACCAAGAACAGGCAUAUUUUUGUCUGCACGCACGGAUCUCGCGACCGCUUGUGUGGCACACAUGGGGGUGCUUUGUUGCGCGAGGUGCGCCGCGUUAUAGAGGAGCGCGGAGUGGGUAAGCAUGUUGCUGCUUGGGAGACUUCGCAUGUUGGCGGGCAUAAGUACGCAGCCAACGCUAUUAUAUAUCCGAGAGGCGAUUGGUACGGCACCUGGUGUGAUCGCUGUGGCAAGGGUGUGGACGGUGCAGCGGGGAGUGGUGAUUCAGUUGUGGAGGAUGCUAGGGCGCUGGUGGAUGCGGCUUUAAGGGAUGUUGUUUGGUGGGACGCGUGGCGCGGCGCCACCAAUAUGUCCAAGGAAGAUCAGAUCCAGACGUGGAUGAAGAACACUGCCGCGGAGAAUACUGAAAUGACUGAGGAAAGGGAAGAGGAGGAAAAGGCUGCUGCCUGGGUGCCUCCCAGCACAUUGUCAAGGAGAAAAAGCUCGUAA